AAAGGCUACAUCUAUAUAGAUAUCAAGACUUAAAGAGAUAAAGUGUCACAUUCCACUGCGCGGCCGUAAGGUUGGGUUGGGCAGCACCACCAGUAAAGAGUAAGGAGAGGAAGGUCAGGACUGCCGAAGGUCGCGUCGCAGCGCAUCACGGCACGCCAAGGAGCGCGUCCCGGGGCAUCAGUUGUGCCAUUACCGCAGUGCAGUGUCAUCGUGCGUUGUAACUCGUAAGGUACUGUUGAUAAGCAUUACCGUGUUAUCGGUACUGUCAGGUGCUAUCAAAGUGCCAUGUCCUGAAGCCACGCGUUGAGAGUCCAGGUCUGCUUCUCCAGCUUGUUCCAUCGCUUCCUUUUCAGCAAAAGCUCUCUUCCUCUGCCGCAUCUCACGUAACCCUGUGGUCACCCUUCUUCCUUAGGCCGCAGCCUCACAAUACUUGGUGCACAUGCUCGUGCUGGCUGCAGUGUAUAGCGGUCCCCACAGGUCAUGGAGUCCUCCAAGCCCUCGAAGAACCCCAGAACAGCAUCAGAAGUCACAAAGGAGUGGCUGGAAGUUGUCUUGUGUCAGUAUGAGUCCAAAACCAGUCCAAGGUCAACUGUGAAGGUUAACUCCUUCGAGGUGAAUCCAGGUUGUGGGAAGGGCGAAAACUUCAGCAGCGACGUGAUGAGGAUCGUGGCUGAGGGCCUGGUGACGCCAGCAGGAGGAACACCCUCGCGCGCACAUUACAGCUUCAUCGCAAAGUUCCUCACCGGCAGCGAGUUCGAGCAUACAAUGGCAAUGGAGUUCGGGGCACCCCAGAAGGAGUCACUCACCCUCUCCGAAGUCCUGCCUACCUUAAAUACUUUCCAGGAAGAGCGAGGUGGUGACAAGUAUCGCAUUAACGCGCCUGAGUACGUGUACGGCGUGUGCAAAGAUGGCGAAUACUUGUUGAUGAUGCAGGAUCUCAUGGAGGCCGGGUUCAAAGUGGGGGAUAAACGACGUGGCCUGAGCCUUUCGCAGCUUAAGAUAGCAGUACAGAAUUUGGCUCAUCUCCACUCUGUCUCUUACGCCUUCAACCACACCCACGACUUCCUGACUAAGUACCCAAACUUCAUAACAAAUCCACUCAUGACCGAUAUAAUGGGGGUAUUUGUUCGGGUGCUCUUAGAGGGUAUUAUGGACAACUUUUUAAAAAAUCGGGAGGAGGAGUUCCCAGGAGUGCUAAAGACCCUCGCCUCUAACAAAGACAAGCUGGUCAGUAAAGUGACAGACAUUCUAAGUGUCAGCGGGAAGGAAGCAAUCUUGUGCUUGUGCCAUGGAGACUACUGGACCAACAACUUCAUGUUUAAAUAUGACAAGGAAGGCGAUGUGGAAGACUUUGCAAUGAUCGACUGGGGGAAUGUGGGGUGGCGAAACCCCGUUAUAGACCUUCUUUACGUCAUCCAUACAUCCACGCAGCAAGAUUUACGACGAGACCACCUGAGGGAGGUGCAAAAGCUUUAUUAUGACACCUUCACCUCCACUGCCGCCAACCUGGGAGCAGCCUUGCCACACUGGAGAUUCGAGGACUUCCUGAUGGAAUACCAAAAGUCAGCUUUGAUGGGCGUGGUUUUCGGUCUCCUUGUGAACUUACUAACACUUUCAGCGUCCGCAAAAAAAUUAAGCCAAGGCACCCUCAGCACUGGCUUCAUCUCCUGGCUGAGAGUGAAGUUUGCUAAGGUUAUGAUGUCCAUCCCGAAUUCGUGGCUGAUUAAGAUGGUAUACAUGGGCACAAAGAAAGCAUGGAAACCAUAUUUCGAAGAAUUGGCAUCUAUGAACAACCCUGAGAUGACAACUCGUGUGACAAAUUUAAUAACUGAAGCCUAUCAAGACGGUGUGCUGAAUAUAUAACCCUCCUGCCCCAAGCUCUGUGUUUGUCCCCCGCUCCCGUCACCCAUUCGUCUUAAAGUCGUUCUACACGGUGUUGCUUUAAACGCUGGAUGCUAGCUUCUUUUGUCGCUAACUUCUCGUUCUCUUUUCUCGUUCUGGCUGAUGAAGCUGCAGACAAUUCACCGCUUACACGUUGCUGGUAAAAUGUAUGAGAUUGCCAGCACUGCGGAGGUGUGGUGAUGGAAGUCUCAGGUGUCCCGGUGCCGCGGGACGGUGCACUUCCAGCCGCCAUGACACUGCACGAGUCUUCCAAGCCAAAAUUCGGCUGUAGCAUUGUCCCACCGUUUGCAUUAGUUCAAUUACUCGUAGAUUAGCCUGGCAUGUCUGUGGGAGUCCGAAGCUGUUGGUCUCCAUCAAUCAACCAUUACGGUAGAGGUCAAGUGAUUCCUUAAUUGUUUUAUACAAACAUAUUACUUUUUAACGCUUCUUCGUCUUUCUCCAGAUUAUUGUUUGUAAGGUGGACGAGCAUCAAGCAUUUGAGCAGUCUUUCAGUCUUAUGUUCUACAAGGACAAAUGUUAUUCUUCAGUCGCAUUAGUUUUCCAUUUUCCUCGAACGAUCCACAGAAAACAAAGAAGCAGACAGCACAACACGCAGGUCUACCCUUCCGAAUCGUGGGGCUUUCAUUAACUGCUGCGUAAUCUUCCGCAGUCGUCCUGACUUAUCUCUUCUUUCCAAGCUGCUGUUGAGUUUGCACGCUAUUGUCUAGAGUCUAACUGUAGACACUAGUGGUCACGGUGGAAAUGCUAAAGUUUCUCCCAGCGACAACUAAAUAUUGAGAUUUGACAAUCUUAGACUCUAGCGAAUAAGAAAAGCCGCGUCUUUAUUAGAUUUCACCAACAAGGUCUUCAGCGAAGCAAAAAGGUUGUCCAAAUCCAAUAAAAUCAGCACCGUAUAAAUGACGAUUAAGGAAAUAAUGUAAUUUACAAAAAAAAAAAAGUAACAGUAGGAAAAUAUAAGUGAAUUCACUUAUGUUAUUCUAUGGUAAAGGUGUCGCAAAAAAUGUACCUAUUGUUAUCUACCCUUAUAUUAGAAAGAAUGCUAGGUCUGCCUGCGUGUCUUUGUCUGUUGCAUUUUAAAAGCAAAUAAUCCAAAUUCAAAGAAAAAAUUACAUCACGAAAUGGUCGAUAACCCCGUUGCAAGAAAAAUCUACAGUUUCGAUUCCUUGGAAAUUCGUCUGUAAAAACUAAACAAAAAAUCAAGAGGCAAAGCAGCACUGGAGUGAGGAUGAGUUCCUAGGCAUCAUGUCCAUCCUGCCAUAAAAUUAUGCAUUUUCUGUGACAGCAUCCCAGUCUCUGCUAUUUUCUUUCAAGAUGUUUUAUGCAGCAUUGCUAUAUAUGUAUGGGUAGCCGGUUAUACUCUGUUCAUGAUACAAAAGCCACUCCGCGCUCCUGGGGCUCUGCCUUGACCUCUUACUGGAUGACCCAGAUCAAUGGAACUAAUGCACUUUACAGUUCUUCAUUUCAUUAAAAAGAAUGUAACAAGUAUUUGACUUUCUUAAGUUGAGAUUUUUUAGUUCUUAGAAAGUGUCACUUUUUAAGAACUCACAUAUCAAAAACUACAAAUGGAAGCAAGAUGAAACUGGUACCAUUUAAAAGAUAUAAUCGUCAGGUUUUCUUUUGUUAAUCUGCGCCGCGCACAUCGAACAUCUAAAUUAAAAAAGAAAAAAAAAAGUUUAAUAAAAAAUAAUUUCUUGCACUUUUGAGCUCAGAUUUUUAGUACAGAAACUUGAAAACAUUAGCUUUCGGGGAACAUAAAUUGUUUUUAUAUACUCCAUAGUUAUUAAGAUAUAAAGUGUCGUAAUGUGACAUAUACUUUUGAAACACCCUGUAUAAUGUACAAGCUUUGGAGCAAUAAACAGACUUGGAG